AAGUGGAAUUUCAAGCGGUACCAUUUUUAUGAUCUCUUAUGUCAACUAGAAAUUCCCCUGCCGAUAGGACUUCAAGUCCACCUAAAAAGAAAAGGAAAAAGGCAGCAAAAAUUCGAGUGUCUCUGCCAACGUCUAAAAAGAAAAAAGUUCCCGAAGUGGAAAACAUUGAAAUAGAUAUUAACAAAGAAGAUACUGAUAGUCAAUCAAUAAAUUUAGAAGAUAUUAAUGAAGAAGAAUGUACCGAAGAAGUUCAAAAGAAAAAACUCCCAUUCAAAAAUCCUAAUUUUGUGCAUUCUUGUAAAGGAACUGGUACUUCAAAACGUUCUAGGAUAUGGAAAAGCUUAAAACAGAUCGUUACAAUGGAGAGAUCUAUGUUGACUAAUCCAGAUCAAAUAAUAUAUUCUUCUAUUGAUGUUCCACCUUCUUUUGCUCCGCCCGCGAAGUUUUCAGACUUAUCCGGUUUUCCUGCGAAAUAUAUGGAUCCAUUAAGCAAAUUAAGAUUCUCAAAUAAGGAAGAAUAUUCUAGAAUCAAGUUACUUCCUGGAGAUAUUGUAAGCGGUUAUUUAAGUUUGAGAAAAGCUAGCCAAGUUGUUCCAUAG